GUUGAAAUCCGUGUCCGUCCGUGCAAGUUGUAACUUGAGUAAAAAUUGAGAUAUCUUGAUGAAAUUAGGUAAGCGGGUUGCUCAGUACAAAAAAAUUACGAGUUCGUAGAUAGGCAAACUGCCACGCUCACAAAAGGUAAUUAACCGAAAACCUAUAAAGUUCUAUAACUAAACACUCAAUUAAGAUAUAGAUAUAAAGCUGUUAUUUCGCACAGGGGAUCUGUGGGCAAAAACUUUUUAAAAAGUGGGCGUAGCCCCGCUCUCCAAUAAGCUUAAUGUAUAUGCCUCCUAAACCACUAAAGCUACAGAAACCAAAUAUGCUGAGCGCUAAUAUUAUUAGAACUCCUACCGACAGUGUGAAUAAAGAUGAAAUCAGAAGAUAACGCCACUCACUCCCCAUACGUACGAGUACUGGUAACAACUGCUAAAAGCGCAAUAAAUCAAUAACUAAAUACGCCAGAGACAUUAAAUUUUAUUUCCGAGAAGGUGUGAGAGGGCUUUAUGAGAUUCACUAUGAAUAUUGGAGGUUGGGCGAGGCACCGCCCACUUUUUAGGAAAAUCCCAUAUAUCGGGACCCGACUACCGACCCCGGUAAUAUUUUUAUAUUCUUAUGUGGCAGUACGAAAAUCGACGAUAUCGGACAACAACUACGCCUACUUGCAAAUAGAACAAUUUUAAAUUCCACUUGAUUCUUUCACUAUAAUCAAUUUCAAUCGGGUCAAUACUUCCCUGGGACCCCGUAUAGCUAAUAUAAAAAUUUUCGAAGUUGUGACUUUGUACCGUAUAUAUCGGAAAAUAUGUGAGUUAUCUCAAUGGAAUGGGAGAGCGUGUUUUACUCAUAACAAUGUCUCUUUGUACCUAAAACAGAUAAUUUUGACCGAAAACUUGACGUAGCCCCUAUUUAUAAUAUUAAUAUCAGGAUUUUCGAACAUCCGAUUGACUUUACUCUAUAUGAUUGGUUUGUGGCAUGUUAAUAGUAUGUAGUAUUGGGAAAAUAGAUAAAAUCGGGUCGUACUACAACCCCCAUAUUAGAUUAGAUAAGUAAGUGAGGAUUGCCCCGCGACCUCGGGUCGUACGAUAAUUUUCAUUUUCCUAAAAAAUUAUACAAGUAUGUAGAUACUGUCUGUCGUUUGAGACUGACGUUUAUACCUUAAAGCAUUUCCCUUGUGUUGAUCCUUGCAAGUUGUUGCAAGAGUAUAAGAUGUUCGGUUUGAUCCGAACUUUUUUGAUUUGAAAUUUCAGAUUAGAUGUGGCUUUUCAUUUUCAAAUCUUUUGAAUAUCCAUAAUAUACGAUUUCUCCAUUGACGUGUUAUCUUGAACCUGAUAGGUAUAUAAUAGGAAUAGCUAUUUGAUAUUGACAUAGUGAUAAUUUUGUACAUACAUAUGUACAUAUAUGUACUUACAAUAUGUUUAUACCAAUACGAAUUAUGUUACUUAUGAGAAUGAGAGAGUAAAACUGAAAGCGAGAUGUCCUGUAAUAAAAUAUAUUAAGUAUGCAUUUCAUUUCGUAGUUAUUAAAUGCCAAUUGCAUUGAUGAAAUUUUUCUUAAACCAUUCUUUUUCCUUUCUCAGCCAUAAAAAGUAUCAGCCAUUCAUGUCACGUUUACCCGAAUACAGUCUAGCACACGAUCUGCAGGAGCAAAACAUAGUAAUCGCUAGUAGUGAUUCGUACAGUGUCCGGCAUGAUAGUGAACAUUCUUCACCAAGUCUCCAUUCACCGGCCAUACAUCAAUCCCAAUAUGAAACGGAAAUAAUUGAUCGAAAUUUACCACAAAGCGAAGCGAGUACGACGUAUACUUCGCCAUUUCUAGCCAAUACGUCGCCUCUGUUAAAUUCGAAUUUACCGCUACUCACAAAUAAUCAAGUCAUGUUAAACAAAUUUCUUAGUCAUCCCAACAUGCUGGCCGUAAAUGUACCAGUGCACGAAACCGAAGACUGUACAACGGGAACGGAAACCCCAGUAUGGAACUAUGCAGAUUAUAAGGACGACAUUUGCAGCGUAAACUGCUCUUACUUGGAAAGACAACAGAAAGUGAACGAUGCGAAAUUUCGCACUGGCGUCAAUGCCGCAAAAUGUGCCAAAGAGACCCGAAUACGUCGACCAAUGAACGCCUUUAUGGUGUGGGCGAAAAUCGAGCGAAAGAAAUUAGCCGAUGAAAAUCCAGAUCUUCACAAUGCGGAUCUUAGUAAAAUGCUGGGUAAGAAAUGGCGCUCUCUCACUCCUCAGGACCGUCGGCCUUACGUAGAAGAAGCAGAGCGGCUGCGAGUGAUACACAUGACCGAAUAUCCCAACUACAAAUAUCGACCACGGCGAAAGAAACAAUCGAAAAUACGUGCUGUGCAACCAUCCGCAAAAGAACAAAAUAGUUCGUCCAAUCAAGUCGCCACUGCCAAUAAACCCAACGCUGGCGCUCAGAAAAUGACCAACUCACCAGCAGUGAGUCAACCUUAUAACCAAUUCAACGAAGAGAAUUCCACAACGCGAUUCCAGGCACAUCCGACAAAUUGCUCGAAUCAAACUAUUUACGACCAAAAAUUGCGAUCCAACUAUUCCCCAUCUGCCCCAACAGAUUGCUGUAGCAAUUCCGACACUAUUGAGCGUAUGGACUCAAUCAAUUGCCAAUCGACCUUAUGUAGUAAUGAACCCAUAGCUACAAAUCUGCAAAAAUCAAACCCGAAGGGUGGCAAUCACUUGGCCGGCAACAAAACCACAAAACCAAAUCGAAAUCAAUCGGCAAAUGCGCAAAAUUCCGAAAAGGAUGUGGUGAAAGUACCUAGGUAUGGCAAAAUGGAGACUAAGGCGCAACAGAGCUCUUACGUUUCAUACCCUCUGACGUCCACACCUAAGGCGGUCAUUACUACCCGUGGCAUGUACGUAACGUGCAACAGUCGCGGAUUACUCGAUCAUGGUUACUCAGUAAAAGGUACCUUUUAUCCACCAGUUUCCGGGUCCGAUAACCCUUCGAUACGCAAUACCAACUCGGGGCAAUCAUUAUCCAAUUGCGAAGUUGCCACUGCAUUUACUACUUCCAUGGAAAGUACACUUAGCACUAAUUGUGGUCCCAGCUAUCAGUCAAUUUAUUCACAUGAUACAAGCUCCACAGCUGGCACGCUCCAUCAAACAAUUGCCAACACAGCAGACAGCUUUGCAACGCUGCCAAGCACCUACGCGCCCAAUAUGCACUUCGAUGAAUUCGCAAGAUACUCGGGCGGCGUCGAAAAUGACUUUACUCAUGUAAUCUGUGACAAUGGAAUGGAUCAUGGCAAAGCCGAUGGCGACAUAAAAUUCACUAAAUAUCCAGAUACGAAUCACAAUUAUGACGACUUCGAAGCUUACAAUAAUUCUUUGGUUAUCCCCGCUGUCGCCUCCAAUUACUAUACUCAGCUGCCUUAUACGCUAGCAGCAUCAAGUGCAUGUACUCCUCCGACGUCGCUGGCAUUUCCACUCCAAUUGGCAUUACCUCUACAGCAGCCAACCACUUCUGUUUACGCUCCACAUCACCACCAUCAUCACUCUCAUCAUCCGCACCACCCGCAGCAAGUGCACAGUCAACAACUGCAAAAUGGCUACCCAUCUUAUAACCACUUUGUUUCCACCACAAAUAGUACGGGAACCGUUCUUCCUACCAGCACACCAUUAAUGUCCAUCAGUGCACAGAAUAGUGUCAUCGACGCCAUGGCUACUCCUAUGCAACAGUCGCCCAUUGCACCAUAUACACGAAAUGCUGCUGGAAGCGCUGCGACAUUUGUAAAUGCCGACAGAAUAUUCGACGCACGCAAAGACGACGAAAUUAGUAACAUACUUGCUGGAGUGAGAAAAACCUGCUACAGUAAUUGACAGGAUCCGUAACACCUAACGAAGCAUUAUUAAAACAUUUUAUUUAGGAGCACUUUGUUAAAAUUAUAUGCAUAAAUAAAUCGAGAGACCUGCCUUGCGGUUAUGCCAUAUCCACCAGAUUUAACAUUUUCCUGUCAAAUAUAUUAGCCUCAUUUCUAACCCUAGUACUUCAUUAGUAGGAGACCUAAAGCCCCAGUAUUUGUUAUUAAUCCAACAUGAAAGGCCAAAGUAAGAGCGAAAAAAUAUAUUUUUUUUAUACUUUUCACCUUAUAAUGAUAUACAUACACACGUUUAAUUUUUAUUUUCAAAUUCUUUAAGAGUUAUAAGAUUUUAUUUUACCCGAACAUAGCCCAUCUUUCCAAGUUUUUAAGUCAAAUUCGGAUAUUAGUGUAUACAUACUCUACUUAUAUGUAGGAUAUUUCCGGUCAGAGUCCGGUCUUUUGUAGACAUAUCUGACUUCUUUCUAAAGGAAGAACUUUCGUACAACAUUUUUUAGCUUAAUAAUUCAUAAAUGGUUGUAAAAGCUUUAGAAUAAAUUUUACACAUGUAUUUUAUUAUUUCAUUACCAGAAGAACUCUUGUACAACUUGUACUUACAAUAAAUUGCUUAGGAAUUAAUAAAUCAUCUAAAAAUGUUAACUUUGUAAAAGACAAUAAAUAUUUGUACAUAUGUAUAUGUAUAUAUGUUAUCUUUUAAAAUUUGCGGUUUUUAUUGAGAAACUAAGUGUGUACAUAACUUAGUUAUGACAGUAAGUAAUGGACGUUUUUAUUCUCGAUGGUUGGUGUACAAAGGGCAUCAGGGAAUUCUAAAUUGAUAUUGAAAGAAAAAGUGGAUAUUUUUUACAACAUCUAAUAUUGAUUUUCAAUAAAUAAGCCAUAAAUAAGCACUUAAUUAAGCUAGGGUACUGAAAUUUAGUACAGAGGAUUGCAGUAGCAAGGGUCACCUGUUGGUUAAAAAGUUUGAAGAAUUGGGUGUGGCUUCGCUCUCUAAUAGGUUGAAUAUAUGUACAUACAUAUCUCCUAAAUUAAUAAAUCCUCAACAACUAAAUUUGAAGCGCUCACUCCCCAUAUAACUUUACUGGCAACAACUGGCAAGAGCGCAAUAAAUCAAUAACUAAAUACGCUAGAGACAUAAAACUUAACACCCGAGAUGAUGUGGGAGAGCUUAAUAGAGGCCGGGGUAAAAACUGACGAUGGGAGUGGCACCGCCGACUUUUAGGUGAAAUUACAUAUCUCGAGACCCGCCAUACCAUUUCUACCAAAUUUGGCUUAUUAUAUUCUACUCACAUUUCUAUGCAGUACUGCUAAAAUGGGUGAAUUCGGACCACGCCUACUUCCCAUGUAAAACAAUUUCAAAUUCCAUCUUGUUCUUCCUUUUCCAGUGUACAAAUCAAGAAGCAAUCAAUAUAAUGGGAUAAAACUUUACACAAAUAAUGCUUUUAGUGUAUGCAAAAAAUUGAUGAAAUCCGACAAAAACUGUUCAAGCCCCUAGGUAGCGAAUAUUUGGACCCCAGUAGCUACAGUUAACUUUUUACCGCACAUAUCGGCCAUCUUUCCAUGAAAAUAAUAUAUCUGCGUGUCAACAAUAGGUUAAAUCGGAUCAAUACUUCGUUUAUCCCCCAUAUACCUAAUGCAACGAUUUUCGAAAUUCCAAAUGACUUUAUACCGCAUAUGUCGGCCAACACGUGAGUUAUCUAAAUGAAAAUUAGACAACGUGUUUUACUGAUAACAGUGUAACUUUGUGCUUAAAAUGGAUAAAAUUGUGCAAAAACUUUCCCUAUUCCCCAUAUAACUAACAUAAGUAAGUAUAAUAUCCGUGUGACUUUACUCCAUAUGAUUGGUGUUGGUAUAUGAGGUAUCUGAACGAAUAUCAGAAACAUUUUCUUUAUAUGUGUCAUGUUAAUACAAAAAGUACUUCCCUACUUGUGUUUUUUUCGGGGUAUUACAAAGAUUAGGUUAGAUGGUUCAUCAACGAUGGCUAGUAUUAUCU